AUGUUAAAUUCUAAAAUUGUGCAGGAAGGACUCACUUACGAUGAUGUCCUUUUAAUCCCAGCUUACUCCAAUUACGUACUCCCAAAUACGGUUAUUUUGGAUAGUAAGAUUACUCAAAACAUUUCAAUUAAAACUCCUAUCUUAUCCGCUGCUAUGGAUACGGUUACGGAAUCUGCUUUGGCUAUUGCUAUCGCUCAACAAGGAGGUAUGGGAAUUAUUCAUAAGAACAUGACCGCUGUUGAACAAGCGAAAGAAGUACGAAAAGUUAAAAGGUCUGAAAGUGGAAUGAUUACAGAUCCAGUGACAUUGAAAUCUAAUGCUACAGUAGGAGACGCUUUAAACUUAAUGGCUGAAUUUAAAAUUGGUGGGAUUCCAAUUGUAGAUGAUCAAUUAACUCUGAAAGGAAUUGUCACUAACCGUGAUCUAAGGUUUGAAAAAAACCGAAAUAAAAAAAUUGUUGAAGUAAUGACUGCUGAAAACUUAGUCACAGCAAUCAAUGAGAUUUCUUUGGUAGAAGCAGAAAAAAUAUUACAACAACACAAAAUUGAAAAACUCUUAAUCGUUGACGAGUCCAAUAAAUUGACUGGAUUAAUUACUUACAGAGAUAUUAUUAAAGUAAAAAAACACCCUAACUCUUGUAAAGAUGCUCACGGAAGGCUUAGAGUGGGAGCUGCCGUAGGUGUCACAAAUGACACUCUUGAAAGGACUACUGCGUUAGUUGAAGCAGGGGUUGAUGCAAUCGUAAUUGAUACUGCUCAUGGACACUCUCAAGGGGUCAUUGAUAAGUUAAAGCUUGUUAAACAAGCUUUUCCUGAACUUGAAGUCAUUGUAGGAAACAUUGCCACGGCUGCUGCUGCUAGAAUGCUUGUUGAUAAUGGGGCUGAUGCCGUAAAAGUUGGAAUAGGACCUGGUUCAAUUUGUACAACUAGGAUUAUUGCUGGAGUCGGUGUUCCACAAUUAUCAGCUAUUAUGGAUGUUGCAGAAGAAUUAAAAGGAAGUGGUAUUCCUAUCAUUGCAGAUGGAGGAAUUCGAUUUACUGGAGACAUUGUAAAAGCCAUUGCAGCAGGAGCUAGCUCGGUAAUGCUAGGUUCUAUGUUUGCUGGUGUGGAAGAAUCUCCUGGCGAAACGGUUAUUUAUCAAGGAAGAAAAUUCAAGACAUACCGAGGGAUGGGCUCUUUAGAAGCUAUGAAAAAAGGAUCAAAAGAUCGCUAUUUUCAAGAUUCACAAAAUGACGAUAGAAAAUUAGUCCCAGAAGGAAUUUCUGGUCGAGUUCCCUUUAAAGGAAACUUAGGAGAGGUAAUGCACCAACUAAUUGGUGGACUUCGUUCUGGAAUGGGAUACUGUGGUGCUAAAGACAUAGAAGCGCUUAAAGACGCAAAAUUUAUCAAAAUCACUGCUGCUAGUAUUCAAGAAAGUCAUCCUCAUGAUGUUACAAUUACUCGAGAAGCUCCUAAUUAUAGUCUUAAAUAG